AUGGGCACCAAUGCGCUAAUAUGCUCCCUUCUGUUUUUGUUCUUGCGUUCAUGUUGUGGCUAUUUAUUUGGCGGCCGCCGCUCCUUUUGUGGUUCCAUUCCGGUGAAGAGAUGCUCCAACAUAACCUCUCCCCCCCCCCCCACACCACAUACACGCUUCAUCCGUGUAAAAUCAUCCUGCUUUCCAGCCCUCACGCGGCGCGAUUAUUGGCGUUCCUUCUUCUGUUCUGCCUCUAACCUGCACGCACCUUAUUGGUUGGUGUCCCCUUCAACCUUUUACUAA